AGAGAGAGUAGAGAGAGAAUCUCAAUCCAUGUUUGAAGCCCUUUCUCUGAUGUUCUCUCGACUUUGGAAUGAUUGAAUCUGGAAAACCAACAUUUUCCAUGCAUUUCUCGCCGAUUCCGCAACCAUGAUCUCCUGACCAAUCGCGAUCGUUUUUUUUAUAUAUAUAUUUUGAUGCUCUGAUUGGAUUUUUGGUUUCGAUUUCGCUCCUGUUGUUUGGUCAUUGAUUUGUCCGCAGACAUGAACGGUGGUGACGAUGGAGGCGUCGCGGCAGCUCCGGCGGGUCCACCACCGCCGCUCGACUGGAAAUUCUCUCAGGUCUUCGGUGAACGCACCGCCGGUGAAGAAGUUCAAGAAGUUGAUAUCAUUUCAGCAAUUGAGUUUGAUAAAACUGGUGACCACCUUGCUACUGGAGAUCGUGGGGGUAGAGUGGUAUUAUUUGAGAGGACUGAUACAAAGGAUAGCGCAAGCCGAAGGGAUCUAGAGAGGAUGGAUUAUGCAAUUAGUAGACAUCCAGAGUUCCGUUAUAAAACAGAGUUUCAGAGCCAUGAACCUGAGUUUGAUUAUCUUAAGAGCUUGGAAAUUGAGGAGAAAAUCAACAAGAUCAGAUGGUGCCAAACAGCUAAUGGUGCUUUGUUUCUUUUAUCCACAAAUGAUAAAACUAUUAAAUUUUGGAAGGUGCAAGAGAAGAAAGUGAAAAAAAUUUCUGACAUGAACAUUGACCCUUUUAAAGCUGUUGGAAAUGGCGGUGUUGCCAGUUCAAGUGGCUCUUCUAGCCCUAGACCAUAUCUUGCAAAUGGAGGAAACCCAGAUAAAUCUUACCAUUCUUUGAGCAAUGACUUCUCAUUCCCACCAGGGGGCAUUCCGUCGCUACGUUUACCUGCGGUAGUAACCAGCCAUGAGACUAGCCUUAUGGCAAGAUGUAGAAGGGUUUAUGCUCAUGCACAUGACUAUCAUAUUAAUUCUAUUUCAAAUAACAGUGAUGGCGAAACAUUUAUAUCAGCUGAUGAUCUGCGAAUAAACCUUUGGAACUUGGAAAUUAGCAAUCAAAGUUUCAAUAUUGUUGAUGUGAAGCCUGCAAACAUGGAGGAUCUAACUGAGGUGAUAACAUCAGCGGAGUUUCAUCCCAGCCAUUGUAAUAUGUUGGCAUAUAGUAGUUCGAAAGGGUCAAUUCGUCUUAUUGAUUUGCGGCAAUCAGCUUUAUGUGAUACACAUUCUAAAUUGUUUGAGGAACAGGAGGCACCUGGUUCAAGAUCUUUUUUCACUGAAAUAAUAGCGUCGAUUUCAGAUAUUAAAUUUGGAAAGGAUGGAAGAUAUAUACUUAGCCGUGAUUACAUGACUCUUAAGUUAUGGGAUAUCAAUAUGGAUUCAGGUCCAGUUUCAACCUUCCAGGUUCACGAGUAUCUUAGACCCAAGCUAUGUGAUCUGUAUGAAAAUGAUUCCAUCUUUGAUAAAUUUGAGUGUUGCUUGAGUGGUGAAGGGAUGCGAGUGGCAACAGGUUCUUACAGCAAUCUGUUCCGUGUGUUCGGUUGUGCUUCGGGCAGUACUGAAGCAACUACUUUGGAAGCCAGCAAAAACCCUAUGAGGAAACAAGUGCAGACCCCUUCAAGGCCUUCCAGAUCCCUUAGCAGUAUAACACGUGUUGUCAGACGAGGAGCAGAAAGCCCAGGAGUUGAUGCAAAUGGAAACUCUUUCGAUUUCACUACAAAGUUGCUCCACCUGGCAUGGCACCCAACUGAGAACUCAAUCGCUUGUGCUGCUGCAAACAGCCUGUACAUGUAUUAUGCAUGAAGUUGAUGGGGCCACGAGAAGAAAAUUAUCAUAGCUUGUUUAAACUUUUUUUGGGGUUGCUGUUGGAGAAAAAUCUCUUUUCCAUUUUGUGCCAACUGGCAACACAAGGCUUCAAUUUCUCACAUUUCAAGUGCCUCACAAAAUCGAAGUUUAGAAGUCGCUGUCAGAAAAUCGAUAACAAAGUAACUUGGUCUUUGUUCCUGGGCAAAGCAGAUUUGCUUGCUUCCACCCCCGACUCGUCCAAAUUUCUGAUUCAGCAUCAAUUUCUUUUAUUUUUUUUCCCUUUUCUUCUCGAAGGAAAGUUGCAGAUGCGUUCUUUAUUGUGUUGGGUUGAAAUCGGGAAAAUGUGAUUGUAGUUUCUCCGACCACAGAAACUUAAGGAUGUCCAGAUACUUCUCUCUUUUGCCACUAGUUUUAAGAUAAAUGUAGUUUUACUGGGAAGAAGAUGCUGCUAACAUGCACGGUGCAUCAAGCUUAUUAAUUUGUUUGGGUUACUGUUGAAUUUUUAUUUUUAUUUUUAUUAAUUUUUUUUUAGGAUAUGAUCUUACUCUGGUUUUGUUAUAGUUUUGCAAUUCAAGUAUUUUUUUUUUAUUUUGUAAUUUAAUAGAUUUUUAUUUUUGCUUGCA